UAGCAAGACUGGGAGUCAUCACUGGCAAAAGGGUCCUUCACAUAAGAUGGAGCCAGUCCGGCCCGAAUCUCGGUGCCAAUAACACACAUAUAGUCGUUGUAAUGAAAUAGAAAGAAGAGAAGAAGAAGAAGAAUAGAGAGAGAGAGAGGGACAAAAAAAAACAAGAAAUAAGAGAAAGCCAACAUCUCACCACACACUGCAUAUCUAAGCCCGGCGGAUGAUGCACGGUGUACAGGUACUUUACGACAAUCACAUACUGUACCCUAAUUCGACCAGCAAAUAUGGCAGCCGAAGCCUCAACUACAGCUAAUGACUUGGUCUAUGUGACUGCAGAAGCAGCCUCUGACUUCGUCCAACAGUUACUCGAAAAGCACGGGGUUCCAUCCGCCCAUGCCUCAGUGGUUGCCUCGGGUCUCAUCCAAGCAGAUCUUCGUGGCGUCGAGUCCCACGGCAUAAACCGCAUUCCCUCAUACGUCGAGCGCAUCCGAAAAGGUGUCCUCGAUCCCAAAGCCACUCCCGAGCUGAAGCAGGUGACACCAGCAGUCGCCCAGGUCGACGCCCACAAUGCAUUCGGCUUUGUCGCCGCGCACAAGGCCAUGGAGAGUGCCAUCAAUAUGGCCCGUAUCUACGGCAUAGGCAUGGUCUCGGUGAAGCACUCGAAUCACUUUGGCAUGUCGGCUUGGAUCGUGCAGCAGGCCGUAGAUGCAGGCAUGAUGAGCCUCGUCUUCACCAACUCGAGCCCGGCCAUGCCGGUAUGGGGAGGACGCGAGCAGCUGUUGGGUGUCAGUCCCAUCGCCUGCGGCGCCCCUUCGGAGCCGACACCUUUCAUCCUGGAUAUGGCGCCAUCCGUUGCGGCGCGCGGCAAGAUCCACAAGGCCAAGCGCCGAGGUGAAAAGAUUCCUACCGACUGGGCGCUGGAUGCCCAAGGCAACAGGACGGACGACCCGGCGGCGGCGCUCGACGGCGGUGUGAUGCUGCCCAUGGGCGGCCCAAAGGGAUCGGGGUUGGCGCUGAUGAUGGACGUCUUCUCAGGCGUCUUAUCCGGCUCGGCAUACGCGGGGCACGUUGCCGGCCCCUACGACCCGUCCCGAGCGGGUGACGUAGGUCACUUCAUCAUGGCCAUAAAGCCGGAUCUAUUCAUGAGCAUGGAAGAGUUCAAGGAGAGGAUGAAAUACUUGUAUGAAAGGGUUGUGGGCUGUGAGAAGAUGGCAGGGGUUGAUCGGAUCUACUUUCCUGGCGAGAUUGAGCUACUCAGGGCAGAGGAAAGAACCAAGAGCGGAAUCCCAUAUAGUCGUGGGGAGAUUGAGGCGUUGAACAGGGAAGCGGAACUAGUAGGCUCCUCGAAGAUCCAAGAGAUUGUUGCUAGGUAGAUGAACAACUGUCGAGGCUUCUAGGUAAUUUGAACUUGUUUGCUUCCUUUUUCUCUUUGCUUCUUGGUUUGCCUCGAUUAUGCAAAAGUCGCUUAUCGAAUCUUCUGAAUUCCAGCAAAAAGUCAGUGGUGGACAUUAUGUUUAAGCAACGCAGACAAGGGUUUGUCCCAAGAUUUCCACAACUAUUUAUCAAUCCCACCCGGUCUGACCGAAG